CAGGACAACAUCCUUCGGUGGUUACAAAAAUAUCGCGGUCGUGGUCUUUGUAAACGGCAAACUAAAUGGAGAAAUUCCGGGUGCUUCGUUACAAUCUUUCUAACAACUUAUUCCUUUCUUCUUGAAUGUCAUUGCUUUUCUGCAAACUCUGUUUUAACUCUUUAAUGUCAUUAGCAUAAGAUUUCUGUAAGGCUACGAUUUCGUCAAUCCAAGGUGAAUUAUUACGCCUCCUUUUUUUGCAUCUGGGAUUGCUACUUCCUGUAGGUGUAGAGCAUAUUUGAGCGUUAUCUUCAACAGGUGUGGUAUCCAUGUCGCUACGGACCGAAGCCGUUGAAAAGUUUCUUUUUUGUGUAUUGGAGGAUGUACCUGUUGAGCAUCCUCCCAUAUCUCCCUUAUAUAUGGGGGUGGCACAUGAAAUAAUGUUUAAUGCGGAGGUUGCAUUUAUUGACAUAUCGUUUUCAAAUAUUUCAUCAAACUUGUCAUAAUUACUGCUUUCCUUUUGCCUGAAAGAGGAGCUCUAAGCUGUACCGCGCACGAAGCCUCGUGUUCCUUUUAAAAAUUGCUUCGAGCUCGGACGCGCCCGAAAUUGGAUUUCCCUUGUCCCCUCAUGCACCACCUAUUUUCUAGGGGCGCGAAACACUUUUGAGGUUAUAUACCUACUUGUCCAAAAUGAACAACUUCCAAAAAGAAUUUGUUUUAAAGACGUUAUUUGAUAAUGCAGCUCAAAAGCUGAUGGAUUUUGAUACAAGCAGUAGUAGCAGUUCCGAUUUUUCAUUUGUUGAACAGGAUAACUGCAAGAAGCGAAAGAUUUGCCUGCGUGUUAAGAACUAUGUGGAGAAUAUAGUACGUGAAUAUACAGAAGUUGAGUUUAAAGCAGAUUUUCGCAUGUCGAGGAGUACUGCGUAUAAAAUUAUUAAUAUGUUCGAAGAAACAAGCGUUAUACCACAACAUACAACUGGCAGGGAAAAAAUUACUGCGGAGAAAGCUUUUCUCCUUAGUGUCUGGUAUUUGAGCAACCAAGAAUCAUUUAGACAAGUUUCUAGUCGUUUUGAUGUGACAUACAGUUCGGCUCAUAGGUGCCUCAUUAGAACAGUUAAUUUCCUAUUGUCAAUAAAAUCAGAUGUUAUACGAUGGCCGAGCCUAGAAGAGAUGGAAACUAUUAGCGCAAACUUUGAAAAAAUAGGAGGUAUAAAGAAAGUUAUAGGAUGCAUAGAUGGAACGCAUAUUGAAAUAAAUAAACCUAGACUAAAUCAAGACUCUUACAUUAAUCGUAAAGGAUACCACAGUUUAUUAAUGCAAGGUGUUGUUAAUAAUAAAAAAAAAUUUAUAGAUGUAUUUUGUGGCGAGCCUGGCUCAAUGCACGAUGCUAGACUUCUCCGAAAGUCUGGAAUUUAUAGAACAAUACUGAACAAUGCUAAUGUUAUGAAGAACUAUAUAAUAUUGGGAGAUUCUGCAUAUCCAAAUUUAGACUGGCUUGUUACACCAUUUAAGGAUAACGGGAAACUUUCAGUUCGACAAAAAGAAUUCAAUAAGAAAAUUUCAGCAACCAGAGUUAUAGUUGAAAAUAGUUUCGGUCUUCUGAAAUGUAGAUUUCGACGCCUAAAAAAAUGGAAAACAUCAAUGUAAAACUGUUCCAAGUUAAUUAUGGCUGCAGCUAUCUUACAUAACAUAUGCAUAGACGAAGAUGACUACAUCGAGUUGAAUCUCGCGGAUAAUACUGAUCCUGAGGAAGUUCCAUAUCAUUCUAUCGCAGAACCGACCAAUACUUCUCGGCAACAACAAAUCUUUUGUGAAAUGUAUACAAAUAACCCAAUGUGAUAUGCAAUAAAAUAAAACUUUUAUUUCUUA